AUGAACUCAAACUCAAUUAACGAAGAACCAAUUUUGCGUCAAGUUCAUUCUCACACGGAACUAUGUACAGCAACUAAUUCUACUUGUCCGGCAACGUGUUUUAUUAACAAUCUUACACAAAACGAACUGAGACUUUUUCGUAAUCCGCCCUGUCCUCUCGCCAUCGAUUACGAUAGUAUUCUUAAUCCCAUACGUAAGCGACGCAAUAACAGCAACAAAAAGAACUUGCCUCCUCGACCUCAAAACGCCUGGGUUUUAUUUAGAAAACACUUUCAAACCCAAGUACUCUCUAGAAGUCCCGGCAAGUCAAGUACUCUCGACGAAAUUUCCCAAAACGCUUCCAAAAGCUGGAAGAGUCAACCGAAAGAGGUCAAAGAGUAUUUCAAAGUUCUCUCGAAAUUAGCUUCAUACAAACACAAAACUAUGUACCCGGAAUAUGUCUACAACCCGAGAAAAUUCAAGAAUGGCGAAAGCCUUAUAUUUAAGAAUGUGGACAAGGAUACAUUUAUGACAAAUG